GCCGAGGAGUUCCCAAUGAUUAAUGAAAGCGUUUGAGUGAAAAAGACCCAUGUCAACAAAACAUGUCUGACGUGGAAUUUCACGAUGAAACGGACCUUAAUGAGGUCUCUCUGGAAGGUGACAUUACUGUGCCUGGACUUCAGACCACUGAUGAUGAGUUAUCUACCCUAGAUGAGCCCGUAAAGGACACCAUUAUGCGAGAUCUAAAGGCAGUGGGAGUGAAGUUUUCCCAUGUCCUGUACCCAAAAACUAGCACAGCCCUGCUCAGAGAAUGGGACCUGUGGGGACCCUUGAUUCUGUGUGUCUUCAUGGCAAUGAUGCUACAGAGCGGGUCUGAUGACCUGGACAAGCCUGGAGAAGGGGGACCACAGUUUGCCGAGGUGUUCUUCAUCUACUGGGUCGGUGCUGUUGUCGUCACAUUUAACACAAAACUUCUAGGAGGAAACAUCUCAUUUUUCCAGAGCGUGUGUGUAUUAGGUUACUGUGUGUGCCCGCUAGCCAUUGCCCUUGUCGUGUGCCGAUGUAUUCUCAUCAUAGAUGAACAAACAACGCCCCUUUUCAUCGUCAGAUUUGUGGCUGUUGUUGUUGGAUUUGCCUGGUCUACUUUUGCAUCCACAGCGUUUUUAGCUGAAAGCCAACCACCAAAUAGAAAAGCCCUGGCUAUGUACCCUAUAUUUUUCUUCUAUUUUGUCAUUAGUUGGUUAAUUAUUUCACAUACUCAUUCGUAGUAAUUGCAUCCCUGUCUUCCAUGCAUUUGUCAUAAAUGUAGUAAAAUCCAUGUACAUAAUUCAUGAACAAUAAUUUGUAAAUACUUUGCGCUAUUUAUUUGUUUUUAUUUGAACUCAGAAAAUGUCUUACACUAUUGCUAUUGUUUUUUAAGUCCAACCUGCUGAAUUUCAAUGACGUAUAAAAGUAUGAGUACAUUAUUAUCGUUAGCUUUUGUGUUCACACUGUGAUAUACCUGCAUGCCGAUUUGGUAAUAACAAUUUAUGUAGUUAUUACUUGUUCUUUAAUACAUGUAUUGAUUUAAAGUCUCUCUGGUGUACAUGUAUACAUGAGAUUAACUGCAUUAAAAUGAAUGUCUAACUUUAUAAGCUAAUAUAUGGCUAUAAUUGUAAAGUAGCACUAAAUAAACUGUAUUCGUUUGUAAUUUGCAAAACAGAAACCUAAAAAUAGCGAAGUAUACUAGGUACGUAUAUGGGGAAAAAAUUAUAUAAAUUAUUUAAAUAAUAAAGGUGUUUUUUUUAAAUAAUUUGUUAUAAAAAUAUGAACUCUGGGCUUAAGGUAGAGCUUGCUUUUUGGGAUACAUGUAUUCCAUGUCACCUGUCAUUUAAGUAUUUGUUUUAUUGUAACAUAAUGGGAAAUAAACAAAAAAAGA